AUGCUAUUCCGCUUCUCCAAAGCCUGGAAGACUAAUCGCGUGCCUCCGUCCAAAUUCCCCAGAUAUUCUCGAGGACGGAACUCUACCCAACCCCUACACAUCGAUACCGCCGCCUCCCGCCAAGGCUCCGCCUCGUACUUGAGAUCUGUGCUUGAGGACAACGACGACGACGAUAGUCCUGACUACUUUGACGAAGAAUACGCACACCAUCCUCAACUCCCCCCUCCAACGAAACGAUUGUCACGCCGGGCAACGAGUAUGGCAUUACAUAUGCCUAUGAAUAGACCACCUCCACUACAUAUUGACGUGGAUCCGCGCUCGAUGUCAAUGUCAAUGGGUGCGGGAGAUCCAAGACAACCGAAAACAUCCGGCAAGAUCAGCUCCUUUUUCGGAUGGAAGGCGAAUAAUAAUACAGUUACAUCCCCUGGAGGCGAUUCAUCGAGCACCGAGAUCUCCGACUCCGGUCGAUCAGCAAUGCCUUCCCCCAUGCCACCAUUAGCGAAUGUCCCUUUUAGACCCGGCUCUCCAUACGAUAGCAAGACCAAUGGAUAUAAUCCUCCAGCGCGGACUCCUUCACUGGGGGCUUCAAGUUCAAAGGAAAAUAUAUUUCUAUCUAAGAUGACAGAAAUUGAGAAUGAAUUACGAGAGAUAAGCUCUGAAUUGGCAGGAUCUAUCCGCCGAGAAAUGGAUCUGGAGGAUCUAGUUGAACGGCUGCAAUCAGAAGGCCCGGACGUCAAUCGACGGACUAGUGAUUAUUUCUCAGACUCGGGUACUAGCUCUGUUCGCUAUGCCUCAGAUUCUGGGAAGAGCGAAGAUAUCGAAAAGAUUCGCCGCGCUGCAGAGCAAGAACGGGCACAGCUCAAGGUCGAAUUAUCGCAGAAGUUACAGGAGGAACGGUUUCAGCGGUUGGCAUCAGAGUCGCAUGUCCAAAUCUUAGAAUCUCAAGUUCAACAGCUCCGACGCGAGAGAACGGAUACGUCUGAUCUAUCGUCGAAAACUAAGGAACUCGAGACCGCUCUCGAAAAUACCAAGCGAAAGCUGCUCGAAGAGCGGCAAUCCAAAGAUAACUUUGAGGACUUGCUCACCGCCAUGCGAGUAGAGUUGGAACAAUUGCGUAAUGAUCGAGAUCAACUUCGAGAUGGCAAUAAUCUCGCGGAGGAAAUUGAAGCUUUAAAAAUUGAAAAUGCCUCUUUAGCUCAGCUACAGGGUGGCCGAUUCGCUUCAAUUGCCGAGGAAGGUAGUUCACCCAGAAACUCUUCAUUUGGAAUAGCACGAUCGGGUUCCAUUGCACGCAAGCCCAGUGGCUUAGCUCGCUCGGGCUCCCUUUCUCGGUCGAACUCAGUCAGCAACAAUAACAGCGGUGGUAAAUCACCAGAAACUCGUGAAUCGUUGGUUGAUAAGGUCCACGAUAUCGAGGUUCAACGCGAUGCCCUCCACCGGACAUUGAGAAAUCUUCUUGCUCGCCAGGCAUACCAGGCCCGUGACUACGAUAAGCGUAUUCGUAUGCUUGAAAUGGAGCUUGCUCGAGCCCAGCAAUCGGGUCAGCCCCGGAAAUUGGGCUAUGAGAGAGAUGUGCACAACCUGCGCGAUGAGGUAAAUCAUCUCCGCAUGCGCGCUGAGGAUGCCCUAGAUGGAAAGUGGCAGUGCGAGAAGAACCUCGCUGGUCUCAAGAUGGAUUUGGAUCGUGCCGAGCAGGAGACCAGCUCUCUCCGCGCACUUCUUCUGGAGGACACUGCCGCUGGUGCAGAGUUGAUGACCGAUCAAGAAGGCUUUGCUGAGGUCGUCACCACAUCCUCUUCCCUGAAAUCUACGUUCCAGCAAUUACAGGCGGAUCGAGCUGAGGCUGAAGCGCAUGUUGUGGAUUCAGAAGAGCUUGCUUCCUCCCUUCUCCGGACUGAGGCACUGGGCAGCAAAGUCCAUUACCAGCUUCAGAUCAACACCUCUCUUCAUGCUCGUCUAGCAGCGGCCAUUGACAAGGGUGACAAAGAUCACCAGAUCUCGGUUCAACGGAUUAAUAUUCUGCAAAACAACAUGAGGGAGCUGGAGGAUGUUCUUUUGGUUGCGCAAAACCACUCGGAAGAAGAGAUUGCCAAGCAUGAGGAGGAGAUCCGUUUGCUCAGGGAAAGCCAGAAUGCCCAGCUCACGCGGAUGAUGAAUGGCGCUCGCAACCCAGCCGUUCUCUCCCCGCGGCCGCCGAGUGCACCAUUCGAUUCUCGCUCGCCACGUUUGGACCAGACCACAAGCGGCGAGGGUGUACCCUUGACCGAGGUUGUCCAGUCCGACAUCCUCGAACGACGAGUCAAAGAUCUCGAGAAGCUCCUCCGCGAUGCGGAUAUGGAGAUGGAGCAAGUUGUUGGACGGAUGAACCGCACGCAGCUCGAUGUGGCUCAGCUUCAAACUGACAGAGACGACGCUCUCCGCCAAACCCGCCAACUCCAGAUCGAGAUCCAAGCUGAGCGUGAUGCCCUGAGGGGACUCAUCAACGCCAUGUAA